AUUCGUAGAACACCACCACCAUGUCCGACGAAUACUUCAUCAAGCCAGAGGCUGUCUCUCCAUCUAACGACACCUCCGAGUGGCCUUUGUUGUUGAAGAACUUCGACAAGCUUCUUGUGAGAUCUGGACACUAUACUCCCAUUCCUUCAGGCUCUUCUCCCUUGAAGAGAGACAUCAAGUCAUACAUCUCGUCUGGUGUAAUUAACUUGGACAAGCCUUCCAACCCAUCUUCCCACGAGGUUGUUGCAUGGAUUAAGCGUAUCUUGCGUUCGGAAAAGACUGGUCACUCUGGUACUUUGGAUCCCAAAGUCACAGGAUGUCUUAUUGUCUGUAUCGACAGAGCUACCAGAUUGGUCAAGUCCCAGCAGGGUGCUGGUAAGGAGUAUGUGUGUAUAGUGAGAUUGCACGAAGAAUUGAAGGAUGCUAAAGAUUUGGGACGUUCUCUUGAAAACUUGACCGGUGCUCUUUUCCAAAGACCACCAUUGAUUUCUGCUGUUAAGAGACAGUUGAGAGUGAGAACUAUCUACGACUCGAACUUGAUUGAGUUCGACAACAAACGUGGUUUGGGUGUCUUUUGGGCCUCUUGUGAAGCAGGAACCUACAUGAGAACGUUGUGUGUCCAUUUAGGAAUGUUGUUGGGUGUUGGAGGUCACAUGCAAGAGUUGCGUCGUGUUCGUUCGGGUGCUCUUGGAGAGAAUGACAACUUGGUCACCUUGCACGAUGUCUUGGAUGCUCAAUACGUCUAUGACAACACACGUGACGAGUCUUACUUGAGAAAGAUUAUUCAGCCAUUGGAAACUCUCUUGGUAGGCUACAAGCGUAUUGUUGUGAAGGACUCAGCUGUCAACUCUGUCUGUUAUGGUGCAAAGUUGAUGAUCCCUGGUUUGUUGCGUUACGAGGAGGGCAUUGAAUUAUAUGACGAGGUCGUCUUAAUGACCACCAAGGGUGAAGCCAUUGCCAUUGGUAUUGCCCAGAUGACCACUGUAGACUUGCAGGGCUGUGACCACGGUGUCGUCGCCAAGGUCAAGAGAUGUAUCAUGGAACGUGACACCUACCCAAGAAGAUGGGGACUUGGCCCAGUGGCCCAAAAGAAGAAGCAAAUGAAGGCAGAUGGCAAGUUGGACAAAUUUGGCAGAGCCAAUGAAAACACUCCAGAGACCUGGAAGCAAGAAUACAAGGACCACGACGAAGAACCUGCCCCUGCUGUGCCUGCCUCCAAAUUGGUGGCUCCUGAAGUGCAACUCCCAAAGAAGACCUUAAUCGAAGAAGUCGCUUCUGAAGAGGCUUCUGAAGCCGAAGAAAAGAAGGAGGACAAGAAGGAAAAGAAGGAGAAGAAGGAAAAGAAGGAGAAGAAGGACAAGAAGGAAAAGAAGGACAAGAAGGACAAGAAGAGAAAGGCUGAAGACGGUGAAGAAAAGGCCGAAAAGAAGAAGAAGGCCAAGAAGUAGUUGCAUUUCAUAUUACCAUAACCAACAUCACAAUACCAUCAUUCCAUUCCCGUCGCAAUGGUGUAUUCUACAAGGUACUCAACGCCGUUUGUUUUACCUUUAGCAUUAGUUCUGUACAUUUAAUUUUUCUAUAUAUGAUUUUAACCAAUAACUUUAGAUGACGUUG